AUGAAGGCCCUUUUUUUCUCAUGGCUUCUUGGGAUUUUAUGUGUCAGCGGUAGCGUUGAUGGUGAGUUUCGUUUUAAAGCCACCAUAGUACACAUUGUAAUAUUAAGUUGCUGUUAUUGGUCAGUGCUAUAGUUCUCGAUCUGCUAGUGGUUGUUGAAAGUUUUUGGUCAAAUUUUGACAGUUAAGAUCCAUAAGAACUGCACAAAAACCAAUGUUGUCUCGAGCUACCUGACUGCCAUGACUAGUAAAGGUCAGACUCUAAGAUUUUUGGCUGUGAUCACCGUGUUUAAGAUACAGAACCACGGAAAAACAGUUUAUUUGAAUGAGACAAAAAAAAUCUGCAUUUGCUAGUUCCACCUACUACCAGCUUAAUAUGUGUGAUAAAUAAAAACAGGAAGUUCUAAGAAAAAAAUUCCUAUUGAAACCAAGUCCUGAUUCAGUUUUCCUCGGUCUGACCUCAUCACCUGGUCGUUAUGCUGCUGCCACAUGUGAUGCUAAAUGAACCAUUGUUUGCCGCCAUAAAAAUAGAUCUUACAUAACAAAAAUUCCAGAUUCGUCUAAAAAUGUUUAAAUGUAAAUCCUGUAGGGCCGCUCACGCAAUUUAGCGGCUUAUCCUUUGUCAUCUGGACCAGCUGCAUCCAUUCCUUUUUACUUUUGAAAAAAAGGGAAAACAAGAAGGAACGACGAUAAAUUUUUUGUUUUCAAAUAUUCAAUUAAUCAUUAAUAAUGAUUUGUUCAGCCUAGAUAGAAUCUACUUCCUUGGUUAUGUUGCUGUCCAAAAAAGUUUUCAGUUCUCAGUAUCUACUUCAAUAACAGUUGAUAAUAACAGCAAUAAAUAAAUAAAUAAAUAAAUAAAUAAAUAAACAAAUAAAUAAAUAAAUGGAUUGCAAAACCAUACGACGAAGACUUGAUAUUCACAGCAAAGGCCUUUUACAUUACGGGUUGCAAUUAAAACUAGAGAGCUAAUGAUCAUAUUUAAAAAGCUAAUAAAAACUUAUCAUGAAACAUCUAUUUUUCUUUCAUGAACACUUUACGACGUAAUGACGACAAAGAUAAAGUGUUAAUAAAUAUGGCUUCAGAACUGUCAUAAAAAUCGUUUCACUGAAGUCUCCAGACCCUUACCGACUUAAUUAUUAUUUUUACUUUUACAGGUGCCUGUUUUUCAGACCUUGGAAAAAAAGUCCCAGAUAAAAAGAUUACUGCGUCCUCAAGCUUGAAUAAAAACACAAUUGCUUCCUUUGCAAGACAGGAUGGAAAGAACGCCUGGUGCUCGGCUUCAAAUGACUCGUCACCAUUUCUAGAAAUAGAAUUAAACGAAGAUAAGAAAAUAACAGGAAUCGUCACCCAGGGUAGCCCAAACUUAUCGAGAUGGGUUACACAAUUUCGCGUCAAAUAUUACAAGGAAGGAAAAUGGAAUACUUAUGUUAAAGAAGAUGAGACUCAGGUAUGAUAACAUGAGAGGUAUAAACCGUUUUUAAUUCACGUGACCAGCAGCUUUACCAGUUCAAUGGUAAAGAAGAAAGCCAUAACAAGAAAAGAGUUCAAUUUGCGCAUGUUGGUUCGCCACACUAACAUGGCAUGUGUGACGUCAUGGAAAACGCUCUUUGAAAAUAAGUUUUUUUUUCUGAUUUGCUUCUCCUCCACUUUUGGUUGUUGUACUGUGUAAAAUUUGUUUUGAGUGAAAAGCUAUGAUAAAAAACUGAAAUCUGAAUCUUAGUUAUUUUUGCUUUGCAUUUUUUUUUCAAUCUUUACAGAUAUGAAGAAAAUAAGCCUCUUUGCAAUACCAAUGUACUGAAGACAACUCUUUGCUUUACGUAUUGCGGAGCUUAAAUUUUUCUUUUUUUCAUAACUACCCAGCAUAUUUCAAAAUUUACAAAGAUUAUUAUGGAAAGCCACUCAACCGUGACUAGGUGGUUUUCUUAAAAAUCUUUCAGGCUUUAUCGAACGGCUGUUGUAAUCGCUACUUUUGAGAUCCCAUUGGUACGGCUUAAAAUUUGUAGGUUACCAAAUUAACCUACAAAUUUUUAUAUGCUCUAGGCAGGAAGGUAAUACCUUAUUUAACAAAUUCAUUUUACAGGAGAAGCACGCUAGCCCCAACAACACUUGGCUGGUUUCUAUGGAGGGCGUGUUGCCACAUUUAAAAACCGUAUAUUAAAUUACUAAACUAAUAGUAAUUUUCUUUUACUACUGCUACUACUACUACUACUGCUAUUACAGAAAGUCAUAUAAAAAGUUAACUACUAUUACGAUACACAGCUUGGCAAGACCCGGCAAUAAUCUAAUAAGAUUUAUAAAUGAAGAGAUUAGGUUUCGCGCAAAAUCUCAAAGUUCCUUAAGAAUUAUCCUUUUGUAUACUUUAGCUGAGGCUUUGGUUUUUAAAGAAAUAAACGAAACAAAAUUAAUAAUGAUAUUAAUAGUAAUGGUAAUUAUUUAUGUGUAGGAUCUUGAUGGAAACCAAGCAAGAGAUAGAUUAAAGAUCAACCGUUUGGACCCGCCAAUUGUGACAACCACUAUUCGAAUAUACCCGAAAAAAACCGGUUCAGUUUACAAUCAGCCUAAAUUAAAGAAUGUUACGUGCCUCAGACUUGGAUUGAAAGGAUGCUCUGCACCAGGUGGGAGUAGACGCUUGUUGGUAGGAAUAUUUGAUUAGUGUACAUGUAUGUCGAAAUAAAACCUAGCAUCACACAGAUUUGUCAAAAAUAAAUGGAGAGAAGAUCCUUUCAGUUUACGUUAAAUUGCAAUUAAUGCAGUUGAGAAAAGAGAGCCUGGAAAAAUUCAGGCUUACCGGGAUUAGAGCGCUGACCUUUACAACACCGGUGCAGUGCUCUAUCACAUUGAGCUAACAAGCCAACUGGGAGCUGUUCAUCAAAUUGGUUCCUAAUACCUGGGGAAAGAUGAAGAUGAAAUGACGAAUAUAUGAAUUUUAUUUAUUGGAACCACUCGGAGAAGUUCAUCGCAGUUAAAGACGUAACUAAUGCAGUUGCAAAAAAGAAAGCCUGAAAGAAUACAGGCUUGCCGAUACUGUAUUCGAACCUAGACCUCUGCAAUACCGAUAACCAACUAAGCUAGCAAGCCCAUUACUGCAGGGAGCUGGUCUUUAAAUUAGCCCGCAAAUACCUCGAAAAUAUGAAGAUGAAAUGUUAAAUAUAUAUGCAUUUCAUAUUUAUAAUUAGCGAAAUGUCUGUCUUGCUUUUGACGUAAUCUCACAGUUCUUCCCCCACCCCUUGCCUUUGUACCAGGCUACGAUAAGGGUUUUCAUUUUCUGCGCUCCCCCCAAAAAUUUAAUAAAAGAAAAUUACGGCAAUAAAUGUUGUUUUUUUUGUUGUUGGUUGCAAAGACUCACGUGGGUGACAAUCCUAGCGAAAUUUCUUCACUUCCCAUGCGUUUUAUUUAUGAACGCAGGAAUAUAUCAGCUUUAUGUAAGUAUAUGUAUUCACAAUCUUAUUACAAAGAAAAACUAAAGUCUUUUUUUAAUUAUUAUUUCAAGUCGAUGGAGGCUGGGGGAUUUGGGGCAACUGGUCAGAAUGCAGCGUAACUUGUGGAGUUGGAUUUCGAUCGCGUGAACGGAAAUGUAACUCACCCGUACCUAAGAAUGGUGGCAAGCCGUGUAAUGACAGUGGAAGACUGGAAACUAUUGAUUGCAUCAAGCCAAGUUGCAAAGGUUUGUGAAAGUGAAAAUGUUUACGACCCUUUCUUAAAACAAAAGUUCUCAAAAUAAACCUUGUGUGGUAUUAUAUGUUAGUGACUCAGUCUUUCUACUAAAGAAACGGUGAAAACCUUGACAUUGCUUUCACUCAUUCAUUUCACGAUCCAGAUAUUGAAUUUAUAUACCACGUAAUUACAAUUUAUUUAUCUAGUGGACGGAGGAUGGGGUAGGUGGAGUGACUGGACAGAUUGCAGCGUAACUUGUGGCGUUGGAUUUCGAUCACGUGAACGGAAAUGUAACUCACCCGUACCUCAGAAUGGUGGCAAGCCCUGUAAUGACAGUGGAAGACUGGAAACUAUUGAUUGCAUCAAGCCAAGCUGCAAAGGUUUGUGAAAGUGAAAAUGUUUACGACCCUUUCUUAAAACAAAAGUUCUCAAAAUAAUCCUUGUGUGGUAUAAUAUGUUAGUGACUCUGUCUUUCUACAAAAGAAGAGCUGAAAACCUUGGCAUUGCAUUACUCACUCAAUCAUUUCACGAUCCACAUAUUGAAUUUAUAUACCACGUAAUUACAAUUUAUUUAUCUAGUGGACGGAGGAUGGGGUAGGUGGAGUGACUGGACAGAUUGCAACAGGACUUGUGGAAUUGGAAUGAAGUCACGUACGCGAAAAUGUGACUCGCCCAAACCUCAGAAUGGUGGCCGAGAGUGCGAUAAAAACGAAGGAGUGGAUAUAAAACUAUGCAGGAAACGAAAAUGUCCGGAAAACGGUAAGUGCUUACAACACUAAGGCUAUGUUCAGACUGUACCGGAUAGCUGGGCUUCUGUUCACACAAAUGGACUUUUCUGCACGAUUUCGGUACGGAGCGAAGCCGCUCGCCGCGUCCAUCUCUGAAUUCAAAAGUCACCGCGCAUCUGAUAAGUGUUUAUACUCAGAUACCGGAUAGCUUGUCGCGUCGGCUUGAAAACCUAUCCGGUAUACUGUAGUGUGAACACGGCCUAUGAAGUGUACAAGCAAUAGAAACAAUAGCGAGAAAAGAGGAGGCCUGGAGCAGACCGGGGUACACUUCAGAAUAACUAAAAUAUCCGGCUCAAGAUCUGUAGAAAACAUAAUCACCUUUUUUGCUGCAAAACAGUCUCAGGGGCCUUUGAAGAAAAAAAAUAUUUGAAUCAAUCAAUCGAUCCAUCUUUAAAUUACUUAAUCAACUUUAUUUCAUCACAGUAUUCUCAAAACUUUGUGAUAGAUCAGUACUAAGCAAAGCUUCAUCAAAAUCUAUUAUAACUUUAUGGUAAAAGUCAAAAAACCUCCUUUUAAAUGGAUGUCAGGAGGUAAUUUGGAGAAUCGCGGCAACCUUAAGUCAAUAUCAUGGGAAUAUGAGUUGGCAAUUGACUGCAUUCUUAUCCUUAAUUCAAAAGCUUUGAACUUAAGUUGCCAAAGAUAAGAGUUAGUGGUGAGGAUAUUAAAGCAGAUCAUAUUUUGUUUCCUUUCCAGAAAUCUAUGCAGGGUAUUCCGGCUCUGGAGAAGGCUGGGUAAUGCACUCAGGUGGUGGAAUGAAUUCCGCUGGAUCAGAAGACCGCGGGCCUGGUGGAUGGGAAGAACACAGUGGAAAAAUACCUUUUGAACUGACGUAUGGAGAUGACGAAGAUUACUCUUAAGCAAAGAAAUUAUUUAACGUCACCCGACUUUUGUCCCAAAAAUGAACUUUAUACAACAAGUAAAAUUUGACAGAAAACUCACAUUCGCGAAAUAUUUGUCUAGGGUUUGGCUAGUUUACUUGAACAGGACAGUAAGUAGCGUGUAUGCUUCUUGUUUGAGGAACGUUCACUUCGUUUUUGGAGACAAAAAUGCAGUCAAAAUUGACUAAAAAUGCGUUUGAUACAAGCGUUUGGUUUUUGUCUACUUGUGUUUAACAAUAAGCUCAACAAAAUAAAUAUCAGCUCCCUAAUAUAUACCUGAAUUUUUGAAAACCGGGUUGGCAAAAAUAUAAACUCAUUCUACUACUUGGCAUUUUAAAACAAUAAAACUCAUUCAAAGGCCGAUUAAAAGCCUUUAUCUGACGCUGGGCAGUAAGUUAAUGGUCCCUAGAAACAUUCGAACGACCCCAAAUUUAAAAUGACGCAAAUUUUAGAACAUUUAUUCAGUAAACUGACUUUGCGAAAUUCCAAACAGGUGUCAUUUCAGUUUAGAAAUUUUUAAGCUGAGUGAACUGCAGCGAAAGAGUGCCUGGUUAAGGCUUACACUACUUUUUUCGCGGUUCGAUAAACAACAGCAUUCCGCAUGGAAUAGACAACAAACUGAAUGAAACGUAGUGCACAAACUAUCACUUACUUUCUUAUCUUCAAAAAUCGGCCUAUGGUUCAAUGCCAUUAGAGCCCGCUGAAACUAGACCUAGAUCCAGUUUUCCUGAGUCGAGAGUCACUUUUCCAUGGUACAAUCAGCUAAGCUAAACACCGACGAAACAAUAUUAAUGGCCAGCACAGAAUAUGUUGGCCAAACCGCAAUUCAACCACGCGCCGGGGGAAGGGGGGUCCAGGAUUCUUUUCAGGAGGGGGUGCACUCGUCUCUUGCUCUACUUCAACACCAAUAAACCACAUAGUUUUUUUUUUGCAGAAUACCAGUUGUAUUAGAA